UUCAUCAUCAUCGCAAUGAGACGUUCGAAAGUAGCAGCUACAACUUGCUUUUCACUCCUUUUUAUCGCUUAGCCUUUUGUUCUUUUUUUUCCUUAGUUCUACGACAAAAGACUUGAUCAAGACUCGUAUUAGUUGGGCUUUCAAUCCCACUCCACUCCCCACUUCUUUUGCUCUUUUAACUCUUCUCUUUUCCUUCCUCCUGUACAUGUAUCCCAUGGCUGCAAAGCUAAACCAAGUCCUCUCCACUCUCUUCUUGGCCUCGAUAUUUCUGAGUUUUCUCGGGACGACAAGGCCCGACGACUCCAGCUGCCCGUAUCCGUGUUAUCCGCCUCCUACUGGCCCCGGCAGUACAACAACUCCGGCAAUCACGUUGCCGCCUCCGCCGCCAUCUCAGGUCGUGUCAUACCCACCUCCGGCUGGAUACAACCCUACACCGGCAGGAUAUUUACCAUACUACUCUCCACCGCCCUAUGGUACUUCGUAUGGUUCCCCUCCCCCUCCUGACCCCAUAUUGCCCUACUUCCCUUUCUACUACAAAAAACCUCUCCAUCGGACUGACGACUCUGCAGCAACCACUACUCUUGGAAUAUCAGUAAUCAUGAUUGUUACGGCUAAUCUUCUUCUGUUUGUUUCCAUUUGUUCUUUCCAUGUAUUCUAGAGAAAACUUGUAUGUUCAAUUACUUUUAUAUUAGCUAUUUCAUUAUGAAAUGAAAAGGUGAUGAAUUUCAAUGUU